AUUGAGCUGCAGUCAGAGCCCGCAAUCUUCUACUAGCUGCCGUGUAUAACACGUCUCAGAGCAAUCUCCGCUCUAUUCAUAGGCACACUCAUCGGCGAACAGUUCUUUGGAGGCAAUCAAAUGAUAUUCUACAUGUGCCUUACGCUCUUGGCAGCCUUUGUGGCCUGCCAAGCCUCGGAGGAGAUUUACCAAAUACUGGCAAAAGAUUAUUAUGCCAGCAAGAAUCUCAUCAUCUCCCCCUUCGCCAUCGAUACCAUCCUUAGUCUGGUCUACAUGGGAGCUGCAGGCGCUACCGCCACAGAGCUGCAAAACUACCUGAAAUUAUCCUCAGAGGACAAGCAACUGGUGACCAGCAAGUACAACGAGGUCCUCGACGGCCUCUUCCAGCCACGAGCGGAUGGUCCCACCUUGAAGCUGGCAAACCGCAUUUAUGUCAACGAUCGUUUCCGUUUGAAGGAGGAGUAUAAUCAGGUGGUUCGUGACGCCUUUCAUGCUGAUGCACAGAUGUUUAGCGUCGCCGGCGGGGUGGAUCCGACAGAAAGUAUCAACAAGUGGGUACAGGAACAGACGAAUGGCAAGAUCUUGAAUCUUCUGGAGCCCGACAGCCUCAAGCCCGACGUGAUGGCAGUGCUACUGAAUGCUAUCUACUUCAAGGGUGAGUGGCAGUCAAAGUUCGAUGCCAGUAACACUCAGGAGGGCAAUUUCUGGGUGACGGGACAAGAAACGGUUCCGGUUCAGAUGAUGUCUCAAACGGGUUACUUUAAGGCCCGCUACUUCACCGAUCUCCAGGCACAAGUGAUCGAGCUCCCGUACCUGAACUCCAACCUUUCCAUGUUCCUGUUCCUGCCCAAGGAACGCGAUGGCCUCAGAGCUAUGGAGCAGAAAAUCUCUGGCUUCUCUCGGCAUAUGCAUUGUAUGGAGGCUGUUGUGAAGUUGCCUAAGUUCAAAAUAGAGUACGGCGAAGACCUUAAGGGAACCCUCCAAAAGUUGGGAAUCCGAGAGCUGUUCACCGACGAUUCCGAUCUGAGCGGCCUAUUGGCAGAUAAGGCCAAUGGAAAGAUCAGCAAAUUCGCUCACAAAGCGGUUUUGGAUGUCAACGAGGAGGGGGCCGAGGCCUCUGCCGCCACAUAUGGAAUGAUCACCAAUCGCUCGAGCUUCACCAUGGUGCUUAGCUUCGAUCAUCCCUUUGCUUUCGUCAUACGGGAUCAGAGAACUAUCUACUUCCAGGGUCAUGUGGUCAGCCCCUGAGUAAUCGUUAUGCUGUGUACGGAUGUCAAAUUAAACGAAAAUAUUAUCAAAA